UCGGGCGCGGUGGUAGUUUCGUACGUCUGUCGUGGCUCAUCUUGAGAACGCAGUGCUGUGAACUGUGGCGUCUCGUUUCGUGCGCGGUGGAUAGGGUUAAAUCCCCUGUCGAAUCCCCGCGGUGAUCUCCUGCGGGAGGAGCGAGCGAGAGAAAGAGAAGGCCGUUCCGCGUAGUGAAAACAUGUCGACGACGGAGAACCAGAACGGUACAGCGGGCGGCGCCCAGAGCAACGGCAUCAAGCCUCUGUCGUCAUCGUCAUCCUCAUCGUCCACGGCGUCGUCGGGCAUCUCGCCGUCAUCCGGCGGCCGAGUCGGCCUACCCAACAAUAGCAACUCGUCCUUCCUCUACAGCAGCAGCACGAUGCUGAGCCGGGAGAAGGCGCGGCAGGUGCCGCCGCCGACCCUGCCCAAGUACACGUCGAGCUUUAACGCCGGCUCGAAUAACGGCGGUGGCGCGACUGAACGACUCACCAGGGAACGCGAGACCGGUGGUAGCUAUAGGCUCGCCAGCCUGGACAGACUCGCCCUGAGGCAGAGGAUAUUGGACGGGGAAAAGGCGAAUGGCGAGUCCAUCUCGAUCCAGACGAAGCGUGAGCUGUUUUUCAAAGGCGACGGCACGGGGAUAAUCUCGUCACCGUCAGUGCCGUCGGUACCACCACCGCAACCACCGACGCAGACCCCCGGAUCUCAAAUGAACAAUUCGGUGGCGAACGCCACGACAGCCAGCAGUCUCACGUCUCCGAACACGACGCCAGUAUAUUCGAGUGGAGCCCUGACCGGGGUCAACGCAAAGUCGCGAUUGCCGUCCACAGCGGUGACAACGACGAUCACGAAUGAUGCCUCGGAAGACAGCAACAGGCGCGAGUCGGCACGUAACGCGAUCUCUUCCAAGGAGGACAGUAACAAGGAGACCAGUCUGCUGCCGCCUAGACCUACGCCGCCCACCAAGCCCAAGGAGCUCGACGGUUACGUCGGCUUCGUGAAUCUCCCCAACCAGGUGUAUAGGAAAGCCGUAAAGAAGGGCUUCGAAUUCACGCUCAUGGUCGUAGGAGAGUCGGGUCUCGGCAAAUCCACCUUGAUCAACUCUAUGUUCCUGGCAGACAUAUACAGUGCCGAAUAUCCCGGACCCAGUCUCAGGAUAAAGAAGACAGUUGCCGUGGAAACGAGCAAAGUGUUAUUGAAGGAGAACGGUGCAAAUCUCACCCUCACGGUCGUCGAUACACCUGGUUUCGGUGACGCUGUGGACAACAGUAAUUGUUGGGUGCCAGUAAUAGACUAUAUCGAGUCGAAAUACGAAGAAUUCCUUAAUGCAGAGUCCCGCGUGUCGAGACGACAGAUCCCAGACAGUCGAGUGCACUGCUGUCUCUACUUUGUCGCACCCUCCGGUCACGGAUUGAAACCGCUCGAUGUGGAAUUCAUGCAGCGUCUCCACGACAAAGUUAAUAUCAUACCUGUUAUUGCCAAGGCGGAUACCAUGACGCCGGAUGAGUGCGCACACUUCAAGAAACAGAUCUUGAACGAGAUUGCGCAACACAAAAUAAAGAUUUACGAAUUCCCGGAAGUCGAAGAAGAAGAGGACAACAAAUUCCAUAAAUUGUUAAGGGAUAGAGUACCAUUCGCAAUCGUGGGAGCGAAUACAGUUGUUGAACACGACGGGAAGAAAAUACGAGGAAGAAAAUAUCCAUGGGGAAUUGCAGAAGUUGAAAAUCUGGAACAUUGCGACUUUAUUGCGCUUCGAAACAUGGUAGUAAGGACGCAUAUGCAGGAUUUAAAAGACAUUACGAACAAUGUACACUACGAGAACUUCAGGUGUCGCACCUUGGCCGGUCUAGGCGUAGACGGCAAACCGACGAAGGCCUCAAAUAAGAACCCACUGGCGCAGCUGGAAGAGGAGAAACGUGAACAUGAUAACAAGAUGAAGAAAAUGGAAACAGAGAUGGAGCAGGUUUUCGAGAUGAAAGUUCGCGAGAAGAGACAGAAGUUGAAGGAUUCCGAGACGGAUUUGCAGAGAAGGCACGAACAAAUGCGACGUUCGUUGGAGCAGCAAGUACGAGAAUUGGAGGAGAAGAGACGAGCGUUCGAGGCGGAGAAAACUAUGUGGGAACAGCAAACUGGACACAGUAUUGAAGAAUUACGUAGACGCAGUUUAGAAGCGAAUUCGAAAGAGACAGGAUCGAUGUCUUCCGAGGGAUCUGGAGGUGGCGGGGGUACGUUGAGGGGGUCCCGAGGGAUAAGCAGCCUCCUUCGCCGUCACACCAGUUUCAAAUCACCUCAAGACAGCCCCGCACAGAUACAGCUUGUCAUACAGCAUCCUGAGCACCCUUAAUAGAGACCGUCUCCCAGACCGCUCUCGCUUGCUAGCGAGAACCGUUCCGAGAUCGCCGCGCCAACUGCUCCUCGCACUCGACCCUUAUCAACCCUUAUCCAGUUGAGAUUGCCCUCUUUUAGUAGCGACAGUAUCAC